UUGACUCCACAUUUCGUGCAUGUACAAUGAUGGAGAGGUAGAAAAGCAUAGCUAGACGUUAAGUAACCAACAGUAACCAAUGGCUGUAGCUCCUUUUUAGUGACCGCGCACAGCGUCAGACCUCCACACGCUGCGUUCGAGGGGACUGAUAGCACAGGCACAGCGCUUCAGGCAACGCCACAAACCUGAUCCACUGUACAGUAGCUACAGUACAUGUAAGACAGGGAUCAUUUUCACUAGAGAUGAUAUCAAAUUGACGCAAUCAUCAUCCCUGGAUUUCCCUGGCCUUAUGUUGAAAUGGCAACAGGAAGGAAAAGCUCCACUUCAAAAGGUGGAGUACAUUUCACCGAUGACAAUGAAGACAUUCCCAUUAACAAAAGCUGUGAUGAAAAGCUUCAGGAUAAAGUCAUUGCAGCGCUACUAGAACCUGAUGGUGCAUAUCUUGUUAAGGUGGGAUUUUUAAGGAUCCAUCACAAAUAUGAAAUCAUCUUUUCUUUGCCGCAAAUCCCAACACUAGGCAAAGAUGUCUGCCUUUCUCCCGCACUCCGCAGUACUGCAAAACCACGACUACGUGCAACACGCAUUACACCACGCCCUGAGGGGGGAGUGAGGGUGGUUUGUGAGUACAUCUCCCAGCAGGAGGGAGUGGUGCAAGAGGAACUCACCCUGCUCAACAGAAGCAGAAGGGACAGCAGUGUCCGAGUUCGAUUACAGGCCAGAGUCAUGGAUCGUCACCACGGAACACCAAUGUUGCUCGAAGGAGUGCAUUGUGUUGGUGAAGAAAAACACAGAAAAUAAUGACAGAGAAGAUGUGAUCAAAAAGGUUUGCUUGUGUAAAUGAUGAAAAUAAACCAAACGAUUGAAUGCACAUAUGAAUGUGCCUCCAAAUUUAAACAACGCACAUCACAACCAUGGAGGAUCACUGCAUUUUUCCCGCACUAAAGCAAAAAUAGAGCCAUUGUUCUAGAGUCUACGCAUCACAGGUCUGCUAAUGACAUCACAAAUUCAACUUGAGUUUUUAACAGAAUUAUAAAGGUUAUGCGUUUAAUAACAGUAGAACUGAACCAAAAACAUUUUUUUAAAGAAAAGCAAUACUAGUGCAUCUGGCCAAGGACAAGAAGGAAAUAGUCAUUAAUUCACUAAAUAUUGAGCUUCUCAGAUGCCACAAACUGCAAAGAAAAAUAGUUUAGCUUAGCUGGUCGUUAUUAAAUUUAGAAUGUCUUUUAAGAACACUCAACCUACUUUUUUGAAUUUAAUUUAUUUUUCAAGUACUUCCUGAACGUAAUGCCUAAAUGUGGAAUGUAUGUAUAAUCAUGUACUUAGAAUACACUGUAUAUAGAUGAUUAUAUAAAAAUCAUGUAAUCCUUUUGCUUAACCAUAAUCAAUAAUUCCAACUUCUGUGUUACAAUUCUCAAAUAUUAUGUGUUUUGUUAAUAAAUAAAAAAAA